AUUAUGCAAAACAGGAAAUGUACAAAACAGAUCUCACACAUACACGCCAGCCUGCUGGCUCUAUUUUCUAGCUAGCGUUGAACUGUCGUUGUUCCACCUUUUUGUUUUUUAUUUGAGGACAGAUUUGUUUAUUUCCAUUUUUGUUGGAUUGAAACGACACAUUUUUCAAGAUGGGGGGCGGCGAUCUGAACUUGAAAAAGAGCUGGCAUCCCCAGACUAUGAAAAAUAUUGAGCGUGUUUGGAAAGCUGAACAGAAACAUGAGGCUGAAUGCAAGAAGAUUGAGGAGCUCCAGAAAGAACUGAAAGACGAACGAGCCCGAGAAGAAAUAACAAGAUUUGCACAGGAAUCUGGCUCCAUCAAAAAGAAGGAUGAUCGCCUGGACUGGAUGUACCAGGGCCCUGCUGGUCAGGUGUCCAGAGAUGAGUAUCUGCUGGGACGCUCCAUUGACAAGCAGAUCACCGACCAAUACGAGGAGCCAGAGAGCGGUCCGUCAGCGGAGACUGGCCUGCUGCCGGGGUCCAUUUUCAACCCCACCACUCCUGCCUCCAACCUGGACCUGGCUGCCAAGAUCAGGGAAGAUCCCCUGUUUGAAAUCAGGAAACGCGAGGAAGAAAAGAAGAGAGAAGUCUUGAGUAAUCCAGUGAAGAUGAAGAAAAUUAAAGAAAUGCUGCGCCAGAAUCUUGACAAGAGAGACAAGAAGAAGAAGAGGAAGAAGGAAAAGAAGGAGAAGCAGAGGAAAGAAGACAAAGAGAGAAGAAAGGAGAAGAAGCACAAGAGAAGGAGUUCAAGUUCCGGCUCGGACGAGGAGGACGAGAAAAAACACCGGUUACAUUCACGAGAUGAAUCUUCAGCAGACACCAAAUCUCGUUCCCAUCAUCUUCCAGGCUACGGCCUACUGCUCCCCGCUGGCAGACGUCACCAGCCCUCCGCUCCCUCCAAUCACUCAGGGCGCCGCGAGAGGAGCCGCUCCCGAUCACCUCCCAGGAACAACAGGGACAGCCAGCUCAACUCUUCCUCCUCACACAGAGGCGACAGGAAGGUUGAGCCCAGAGCUUCCAGUCUACAGACAGCGCCCAACCACAGAUCGAGGCACCCUGUGUCCAAGAAGCUCUCUGCAGAGGAGCUGGAGCGCAAGAGGCGGGAGAUGAUGGACCAGGCCAAGCAGAGGGAGGAGGACCGGGAGAACAACGUGAGGAGAUACAAGAAGCAGGACGAGCAGGAAAAGCAGCGGGAACAAAAUGCCAAGCAUGACCGCCACGCUGGCUUCAUUCAUAACAUGAAGCUGGAGAGUGCUGCCAGCUCUUCGGUAGAGGACCGGGUGAAGAGGAACAUCCACUCCAUUCAGAGGACCGCUGCCUCCCUGGACAACUUCAUGAAGAGAUGAAGACUCAACACGUGUAUCAUACAGAUGAACUGGACUGAUUGGGGAACAAAAGGCCUUGGCAAGAGUAAAAGGUCCUUGCACACAGAGUCCAAAAUUAUGGUAUGCGGUUUUUUGAGCCUCUCUC